AAGCCGCAUGCGCGCGCGCUUUUUUCCUUAAAAACGCGGGAGGCGUUGUGGUACGAAGUCUAGGCACGGUUAUCAAAAUUAUCGCCAGUAACAUGAACGGAGACACGAUUGCCGCGGAGACCAACAGUGCCGACGUCAAGGAAAAGACCCACGAUGAAUACCAAUAUCUCAACCUCUUGAGGGAUAUCUUGAAAAAUGGAAAGCGCAAAAACGACAGGACUGGAACAGGGACGCUGUCGGUGUUUGGCCGACAGUGCAGGUAUUCUCUUGCAGAUGGCACAAUGCCACUGCUCACCACCAAACGAGUAUUCUGGCGUGGAGUGGUUGAGGAGUUGCUCUGGUUUCUGAGGGGGUCGACAGAUGCCAACGAACUUGCAAAUAAUGGUGUGCACAUUUGGGACGGCAAUGGGUCCAGGCAGUUCUUGGACAGCCUUGGAUUCACUGAGCGAGAGGAAGGUGACCUUGGCCCAGUAUAUGGAUUUCAGUGGAGGCAUUUUGGUGCUCCAUACAGAGACAUGAGAACUGACUAUGGAACAGAAGGUGUAGACCAGAUUACAAAUCUUAUCAACACCAUCAAGAAUAAUCCGGACGAUCGCAGGAUGAUUCUUUGUUCAUGGAACCCAGCAGAUUUGAGCAAAAUGGCACUGCCUCCAUGCCACUGCCUAGCACAGUUCUAUGUCUACGAGGAUGAGCUGUCUUGUCAACUCUACCAGCGUUCAGCCGACGUGGGCUUGGGUGUGCCAUUCAACAUUGCUAGCUACGCCUUGUUGACGCACAUGAUGGCCAAGGUGACUGGGAAGCGGGCCAGUGAGUUCGUGCACACACUCGGUGAUACACACAUCUAUCUCAACCACGUUGACGCUCUGAAGAAACAGCUCGAACGAGAACCACGACCUUUCCCGAAACUUGUGAUCAAGCGUGACAUUAAAGGCAUCUUUGACUUCAAGUCUUCGGAUUUUGAGCUCUGCGACUACAACCCCCACCCAGCUAUCAAGAUGGAGAUGUCAGUGUAGAGUUUGCUGUAUUAGCUCUGAUUUU